AUGAUUUUGCAUAGUCUUACAGAGAGAAGAGAAUCGAAUUCUCCUUUAAAGGAGAGUGAAAGCUUUUAUUACAUGUUUUGUCUUCGUCACACCUUUGAAUUGCGCAAGACUUCAAAUCUUCAUAGACAGGGCCGUGGUAGUUUAUUUUGUUGUUGUUAUCCUAGGGAGAAUAAUGAAACAUUUACUGAAUACAGCUUCCAACACUUCAUGAUUCAUCUUAAAAUUAAAAGUGCUAAAAUUUAA